AUGUCAGGUCGCGUUUCUGAAAAUCCUGCGAUUUCCACUCUUCGUCGUUAUCGUCGUUCCCUUAACAUUGCGGAGAACGGGUUUGAGGUCAUGCCUUGUCGUCGCUGUCGGUCUAAGGGAUUGCGCUGUAAAAUGCUGCCCGGUUCCUUGGUUUGUGGAGAGUGUGUCGCGGUGGGCGGCACUCGUCGUUCGUGCAACGCUUCCGAUGAUGCGAUCUGUCAACUGGAACGUCUGAUGGUUGAAUCUCGGCGUUUGGACGAUGAGGAGGAAGAAACCGAGGAAUUGUUUCGAAAAAGGAUGGAGGCGCUGCAAAAGGCGCAGGCCGAAGUGAAUGAGACACUUGCGAAGUUGGAUCGUGUUCGCAAGGCUAAGCGAAUAGUGUUCAAAAAAGGUCGCAAGGAGACCUCGGUGGUGGCUGAAGAGGGGGUAGCGGAGCCUUCUCUUGCCGAGUCUUCCUUGGUUCUUGAGGCACAGUCGGUGGGUGCUUUUGGUGCGGUAGACCUGGAUGCCGUCUUCGGUGAUUAG